AAGAGGGAGAGGGAGACCGGGACGAGACCGGGCUGUGGUGCGGAGAGAGGCUGAGGCGGAGGAGAGGAGAGGGAGAGAGGGCGCGGAGACAGUCGGCAGCGCCUUAGCUACAGUCUCUCAGCUGUCCUCGAGAGCGAGGAGGAGGAGGAAGGAAGGAGGCCAGGGCGGGAGCGGGGGCUGUCACUCUCGGACCCCGGCGUGAGAGGGGCCGUGCGGCCGGACGUCCUCGGGGUGGGCCCCCGGACGGUGGCCGGAGACCCGGGUUCAGGCUCCUGGGUUCCACAUUUCCGGGCUUCGCCCCCCGCUUCUCAAAUUCCCAGGUAUCAGCCCUCCUGUUCCAGAUAGCCGGGACUCGGGUCCCAGCCUCUCCAAACCUGGGGGGCUGUUUUAUAGAAUUUCAGAUCUCGGGGGUUCAGGCCCCUGUGUGCACCAGUAUCCGGGGUUCACUCCCCAGGCCUUCAGAGAGCGGAUUCCUUUUCUCCGUGUGUAAAAAAUACGGGGUUGAGACCCCACACCAGGAAUCCGGGAUUCAGCAACUCUCGCCCUCGAGUUGGGGGAGGACUGGACCGCGAGGUCAGAUCAGAGCCGCUGGAGGACUCCAGGCGGAAGCGGAGGCGCUGGGGCACCAUAGUGACCCCUACCAGGCGAGGCCCUACUCUCAGGGCCCCCAGGGGCCACCAUGCCAGCUGGGGGCCGGGCUGGGAGCCUGAAGGACCCUGAUGUGGCUGAGCUCUUCUUCAAGGAUGACCCUGAAAAGCUCUUCUCUGACCUCCGGGAAAUUGGCCAUGGCAGCUUUGGAGCUGUGUACUUUGCCCGGGAUGUUCGAAAUAGUGAGGUGGUGGCCAUCAAGAAGAUGUCCUACAGUGGGAAGCAAUCAAAUGAGAAAUGGCAGGACAUCAUCAAGGAGGUGCGGUUCUUGCAGAAGCUCCGACAUCCCAAUACCAUUCAGUACCGGGGCUGUUACCUGAGGGAGCACACAGCUUGGCUGGUGAUGGAGUAUUGUCUGGGCUCAGCUUCUGACCUUCUAGAAGUGCACAAGAAGCCCCUUCAGGAAGUGGAGAUUGCAGCUGUGACCCAUGGGGCGCUUCAAGGCCUGGCCUACCUGCACUCCCACAACAUGAUCCACAGGGAUGUGAAGGCUGGAAACAUCCUGCUGUCAGAGCCAGGCUUAGUGAAGCUGGGGGACUUCGGCUCCGCAUCCAUCAUGGCACCUGCCAACUCCUUCGUGGGCACCCCAUACUGGAUGGCUCCAGAGGUGAUCUUGGCCAUGGAUGAGGGGCAAUAUGAUGGCAAAGUGGAUGUUUGGUCCUUGGGGAUAACCUGCAUUGAGUUGGCGGAGCGGAAGCCACCACUGUUUAACAUGAACGCGAUGAGUGCCUUAUACCACAUUGCACAGAAUGAGUCCCCCGCACUCCAGUCAGGACACUGGUCUGAGUACUUCCGGAAUUUUGUUGAUUCCUGCCUUCAGAAAAUCCCUCAAGAUAGACCCACCUCAGAGGUUCUUCUGAAGCACCGCUUUGUGCUCCGGGAGCGGCCACCCACAGUCAUCAUGGACCUGAUCCAGAGAACCAAGGAUGCUGUGCGGGAACUGGACAACCUGCAGUACCGCAAGAUGAAAAAGAUUCUAUUCCAAGAGGCCCCCAAUGGUCCUGGUGCUGAGGCACCAGAGGAGGAGGAGACCACGCCCUGUUCACAGGAGACCGAGCCCUACAUGCACCGGGCAGGGACACUGACCAGUCUGGAGAGUAGUCACUCUGUGCCCAGCAUGUCCAUCAGUGCUUCCAGCCAGAGCAGCUCAGUCAACAGCCUAGCAGAUGCCUCGGACAAUGAAGAGGAAGAGGAGGAAGAAGAGGAGGAAGAGGAGGAGGAAGAAGGCCCUGAAGCCCGAGAGAUGGCCAUGAUGCAGGAGGGCGAGCACACGGUUACUUCCCACAGCUCUAUAAUCCACCGCCUGCCGGGUUCUGACAACCUGUAUGAUGAUCCCUACCAGCCGGAGAUAACUCCGAGCCCACUCCAGCCACCUGCAGCCCCAGCUCCCACCUCCACCACCUCUUCUGCCCGCCGCCGGGCCUACUGCCGCAACCGGGACCAUUUUGCCACCAUUCGUACUGCCUCUCUGGUCAGCCGGCAGAUCCAGGAGCAUGAGCAGGAUUCAGCCCUGCGGGAGCAGCUAAGUGGUUACAAACGGAUGCGGCGACAGCACCAGAAGCAGCUUCUGGCCCUGGAGUCAAGGUUGAGGGGUGAACGUGAGGAGCACAGCGCACGGCUGCAGCGGGAACUUGAGGCACAGCGGGCUGGCUUUGGGGCUGAAGCUGAGAAGCUGGCCCGGCGGCACCAGGCCAUUGGUGAGAAGGAAGCACGAGCCGCCCAGGCAGAGGAACGGAAGUUCCAGCAGCACAUCCUCGGGCAGCAGAAAAAAGAGCUGGCUGCCCUGCUGGAGGCUCAGAAGCGAACCUAUAAGCUUCGGAAGGAGCAACUGAAGGAGGAACUGCAGGAGAACCCCAGCACACCCAAGCGGGAGAAGGCAGAGUGGCUGCUGCGGCAGAAGGAGCAACUGCAACAGUGCCAGGCAGAGGAGGAGGCAGGGCUGCUGAGGCGCCAGCGACAGUAUUUUGAGCUGCAGUGUCGCCAGUAUAAGCGCAAGAUGUUGCUGGCCCGUCAUAGCCUGGACCAGGACCUGCUGCGAGAGGACUUGAACAAGAAACAGACACAGAAGGACUUGGAGUGUGCCCUGCUGCUGCGGCAGCAUGAGGCCACUCGGGAGCUGGAGCUUCGGCAGCUCCAGGCUGUCCAGCGCACACGAGCCGAACUCACCCGCCUCCAGCACCAGACGGAGCUGGGCAACCAGCUGGAGUACAACAAGCGACGUGAACAAGAGCUACGACAGAAGCAUGCGGCCCAGGUUCGCCAGCAGCCCAAGAGCCUCAAAGUACGUGCAGGCCAGCGCCCCCCAGAACACCCCAUUACUGGCAUUCUGAGACCACCUAGCACAGGCACUCCUAGUGAAGAGCAGCCCUGCUCAUCUGGCCAGGAGACAGUCCUGGACCAAAGGGUGCUGGGAAAGGAGGAGGGAACAGUGUCAGAGAGGAUUCUGGGAAAGGAAGGGAGCACCUUGGAGCCAGAGGAGCAGAGGAUUUUGGGGGAAGAGUCAGGAACCCUUAGUCUCAGCUCACAAAAACAUAGGAAUUUGGAUAAUGAGGAAGAUUGGGAUCCACCAGAGGAGAAGAUAGAGGAGUUUAGAGUCCCAUCGCUGGCACCUGAGGAAAGAAGCGUUGCUGGCGAGGAGGCGGCUGGGGCAUGGAGGCUGUGGGAACAGGAGAAUGGAAGCUUUCUGGAUGAGGAGUUGGAUCUCUGCUGGGUCCAGGGUCCAGCACUGACUCCAGUGCCAGAGGAGGAGGAGGAGGAGGACGAGGAAGGGGCUCCAGUUGGAACCCUUAGGGAUCCUGGAGAUGGCUGCCCCUCCCCAGACAUCCCUCCAGAACCACCUCCACCACAUCUAAGGCCUGGCCCUGCUAGCCAACUCCCUGGACUCCUGUCCCACGGCCUCCUCGCUGGCCUCUCCUUCGCAGUGGGGUCUUCCUCUGGUCUCCUGCCCCUGUUACUUCUGCUGCUGCUCCCACUGCUGGCAGCCCAGGGUGGGGGUGGCCUGCAGGCAGCACUGUUAGCCCUCGAAGUGGGAUUGGUAGGCCUGGGGGCCUCCUACUUACUCCUUUGUACAGCUCUUCAUCUGCCUCCCAGUCUGUUUCUGGUACUGGCCCAGAGCAGCGCACUAGGGGCUGUCCUGAGCCUGAGCUGGCGCCGAGGCCUUAUGGGUGUGCCUCUGGGGCUUGGGGCAGCCUGGCUCCUGGCUUGGCCAGGCCUGGCUCUGCCCCUGGCAGCUAUGGCAGCUGGAGGCAAAUGGGUGCGGCAGCAAGGCCCCUGGAUCCGCAGGAGCAUCUCUCGACUCUGGUUGCGGGUUCUGUUGCGCCUAUCACCCAAGGCCUUCCAGGCCCUACAGGGCUUUGGGGCUGUGGGUGACAGGGGCCUGUUUGCGCUCUACCCCAAGACCAACAAAGAUGGCUUCCGAAGCCGCCUGCCUGUUCCUGGACCUCGGAGGGGUAAUCCUCCCACUGUUCGGCGCCCAUUCGCCUUGUUGUCAAGGGUUUGGGCUUUGUGCAAGGGCUGGAACUGGCGCCUAGCACGGGCCAGUCAAGGUUUAGCCUCCCGUUUGCCCCCCUGGGCCAUCCACACACUGGCCAGCUGGGGCUUGCUUCGUGGUGAAAGGCCCAGUCGGAUUCCACGGCUGCUACCACGCAGCCAGCGCCGACUUGGUCCUCCUGCCUCCCGCCAGCCACCACCAGGGGCCUUAACUGGGCGGAGAUCCCGGACGCGCCAGUUCCGGGCCCUGCCUCCCUGGAGGUAACCAACUCCAAUCUUUCUGCCCAAAUCUAGAGCAGCAAGCACUUUAUCUCCCAGGACUCAGUGAUGGUUUUUUUUUCAGUCCCCAAGUCCUCUCCUUCCUUCCACCCCUCCUCCCUCAGCAUGUCCCCCCACCCCCCAGGCCAGCCCAGCCUCUGGGGCCCUUAGACAGGCAGCCUCCUCCACCAUAGAGUCCACAAGUCACACUUUGUGUUCUCCUGACCCCUAAGUUAUUGCUGUUCUCCCACUGUGUGUGUGUUCAUCCUCACCCUCAUUGACUCAGGCCUGGGGCCAGGGGGGUGGGGUGGGAACAAAAUUACAGUUUUUUUGUUUUUUUUUUUCUCCUCUUUGAUUUUGUUUUUCUGUCUCCCUUCCAACCUGUCCCCUUCCCCCUACCAAAAAAAGAAAAAGAAAAAAAGAAAAAAAAAGAAAAAGACAAACACAAAUAAAAUAUCUGAGCGGAACUAUACCUUUGGCCCAGGCUGCCUCUGUCUGCUUUGUCCUGCCGCCUAGCCUUCCUGGUUUGCCCCCAAUCUGGACCCUUGGCCCCCAGCUCCAUGACCUCUUCACCCCAUCUGCGUUAUCUCAAUUCCUUUCACUCCUCAACCUCAUCCUCUGCCUUCAUAGCUUCAUCACACCAUGACCACUACCAGCCCUGGGCUGUGGGUCCCUACAGAGCUGCCCCAGAGCCUCCUGGUCCCAUCACUUGCUUAUUUGUGGGUCCCUUCCCGAGAGCCCUUAGGGCCCAAGUCCUUAGGUCUCUUCAUCCUCGGUCUUUUCCUCAACCCAUUGCCUACUGGGUUCCCUUCUGUUUGGGAGCUGCAUCUCUUCCCUGCAUCAGGCAUUAGCCUAGAGGGUUGGGGGAUGGGACCACAGACCCUCCACAGUUGAGGGUGGUGGGCUGGGGCCCAGUUAAGAGUGUGGGAGCCAUGGGAGGAGUUGGGCAUGGAGUGGGAGCUGAGUUUGUAGGGCCAGGCUGGAAUGUGGAUCUGGUCCAGGUGGCAGAUGCUGCCUGUUGAACAUGUCAAGCCCUUUCUGGCCACCUCCUUUGCCCCCUUUCCCUCUGUGGCCCAAAGUGGGCAAACCUUUCUUAUCCAUUUCUCAGCUCGGUGCUUUUCCUUCCCUGUCUUCCUCCCUGAGGUUCUGGACCUGGGCCUUCCUCUCUCCUUAGUUGUGCUGCCUUCUGUGGGUGUUCUGUGUGACUCAAGUCUUCUCACUUAGUCCUUUGCACAUUCUUAUGUUUGCUCACAUGCUCCUAUCCGGAGGUCAUAUUUUCUCCCUUGUUGCAUGGUCAAAGCUUCUUCUGUGUUCUCAGUCCUCUAAAGAUUCUCAGUACCCUGUCCAUGAACUCUGAUGUUCCUUCCCGUGGCAUUCCACCCACACUGGAUGUACCCUUGGAAUCUGUCUUGUUUUCUUGGCAUCUCUUGCCCAUCAAGACCUUCCUGAUCUGUCUCAACACCAUCCCAUCUUUCCAUGUCUGUCUGUAUACAGCUCCCCCCGCCCCCUCUGUCUAACAUGUUUUCUGUUUCUCUCCCUCUCCCUGUCUCUGCUUCUGUCUCCUUCCU